AAGAGUAUCUACGACUGACACUUGUUUUGGGCAAAACAUAGUGUUUAUGUAUGAAGAUUUUAAGAAAAAAGGUAGUGGCGCAUUUAAAAUAGAUGAGAGAUGCGUUGCUUUGAAGAUAAUGAAGGGGGAAUCCAUGUUUUGUGCAACUCAUUGGAAUUUGCUUGAUGAUGUUGUCAUGCCUGUUAAUGUGAAUGGUCUUAUGCACUGGAUUUUGUUGCACUUUAAUGUACAGCAGAGAUCUCUUACGGUGUAUGAUUCAAUGUCUGGUGCAAAGCAUGAAAAUCAGACUUUACCUGUCGUUGAGGCAUUUUCUGUUUUGAUUCCUCUUCUUCUGGAGAUGAUUGAUUUCUAUGUUCGUAAAGAUAUUCAUCUUGAUGUUAGCCCGUAUGAUGUGGUAGAGAAUGAGGCUUUGAAGUUGAGCAUUGCUAAAGGCAUUCCUCAACAGACUGAUUGUGAUUGUGGUGUGUUCUGUACUUAUUUUGCUGAGCAAAUAAUUCUUGGGAAGGAGAAUGAGAUGCCUAAAAAUAUUGAUGUUCGCCUCCUUCGUAAAGACAUUGCUGUCAGCUUGUACUAUCAUGGAAAGAACAAAGAACUUGAGGGAUACUUAACUAGCGAUGAGUUCACUGAGAAGCUUCUGGAGAGGAGACAGAAAAGAAUGAAAAUUGCUGCAUAGGCUUUUAGUGAUAUUAUAUUUCUUUUGGUUUUUUAAUCUUUUCUACAACUGUAAUUAAAUGGUGCAUCAAUUUCUAGUUUAACAGUUAGCUUUUUUAAUUUUCUUCUUAUGUAAAACAUUGGGAUUCUUAAGGUCAUUUUAUAUAUACAUAUUAGUAUAUCGUUUUGUUAAUUCUUUUGCUGUUAGCUUUUUGGAAGAAUAAUUUAGAGGGUAACCAGGUACCCAGGUUGUUUAUUUUCUAACAUACCAAGGGUAACUGGUUACUUAAUUGUUUUCUUUUUAAUUUUUUCCCCAUUGGUUUGUUGUUUGUUAAUUACAUUUAUUAAUAUAUAUUUUAGAUAACCCUUUAAAUCAGGUAGCUAGUUUUCUGUUUGUUUUUGUAUUUUUUUCCACUGUUUUAUGGAAUAACUUGAGGGAAACUAAUUCCUAGUUGGUUUGUUUAACUAAUUUUAAUGGUGAUAUUGGAGGGUAACUAGGUACUCAGGCUGUUUGUUUCAUAAUAUACCGAGGGUAACUGGUUACUUAAGUGUUUUUUUUUUUUUUUCCCCUAAGCUUGUCUUUUUUAAUAGUUAUGCAACCAGUUUAUUAUAUUAAUAUUAAAGUAACUUUAAUAUUAUAUAUAGACGAGUUUGUGAUAGAAGAAAGUAAAGGGUUUAAUUCUUUUUUUCUUUUUUUUUGGCUUUGAGAUUGUUAUAGUGGGGUAAUUUACCUUGUAUUGAAACUUCAGGGUAACCAGUUACCUAUAUCGUUGUUUUUGUUGUUAGUGAUUGUAGCAUUGAAAAAUAGAAGCAAACAAAUCCAAAAAAUUAUUUUGAAAGGAUUUUAUAAGUUUGCAUAACCAAUCAAUGUGUUUUAUUUUGAAACAAUCUUAUUAAAAUUCUGAAUGAUACUUGAUGAAUAUGAAAGUAU